UCAAGCGUGAGGUGGAGAGGGUGUGGGGAAAGGAAAGAUGGGUUUAAUUAGGGGUGGAAUUUAGUUGAGCAAUUAUGGAUAAAAAAUAAGUAAGAAUACCUGGAUGCAAUUAAUUAAUGAUUCCUCUAGCAUUUCAAACAUUGCCAUAGCAGGCAAAAUGAAAGCUCACACCCUUUUUGGGACUGCAAUCUUCAUUCUUCUCAUUCCUUUUCCUUUCCUUUCUUUCUUUCGCAACAUUCUAAUGCUUGCCUUUCCGCAUUCCCUCUCAUGAACCUGCCUGCUCACUCUUGUUUUCUCCUUCUUUUCUUCCAUCUCGGCCCUACCAUUUGCACAACUUCUAUUGUUACUGGCUAUGAACUUACUCUGGCCGUGCCGCCGGAGUACGACCACCGGUUCCUCGGAAGGGCCUUUCUCAUUGAGACCGACCCUUUAAUGCCCCCCAAUUUCAGACUAGCCUUCACCGUUGAACCCACACAAGGCAAUUUUUCGUGUUCCUUGCAGGUUUUUCUCGGAGAAGUUAAGGUAUGGAGCUCCGGCCAUUUCUCCCCGUUUUUCGUGACGGACAUAUGCGCCCUUGAGCUCACCCGCGACGGCGAUUUGAGGCUUAAGGGCCCCACCGGUCAGGUGGGCUGGCGGACGGGAACCUCCGGACAAGGUGUGGAGAAGCUUAGAAUACUGAGAACUGGGAACUUGGCUUUGGUGGAUGGGUUGGAGGGAAUUAAAUGGCAGAGUUUCAAUUUCCCAACGGACGUGAUGGUGUUGGGGCAGAGUUUGAAUGUGGCCACUCGCUUGACUUCCUUCCCCCCCAAUUCAACCUUCUUCUACUCUUUCGAAGUCCAAACCCAAAAAAUCUCUCUGUAUCUCAACACCCCCAAAUCCAAGUAUUCUUACUGGGAAUUCAACCCUCCCAACACCAAUAACCUCUCACUCAUCACGUUGAACGCCGAGGGUUUGGAUUUCUUCAACGCCCCGGGCAACAAAAUUGCAACAAUCCCAUCAGGAACGCCUCGGUCCUUGAGCUUUCUGGCACUGGGGAACAAAACUGGGAAUCUGGGGCUAUAUUAUUACUCCUCCGACAACGGACUUUUCGAAGCUUCAUUUCGAGCACUGAAAACCAGUUGUGAGCAUCCUCUUGCUUGUAGCCCAUACGGGGUUUGCACCUUCUCCAAUACUUGUUCGUGCAUUAGAUUGGAGACGGAGAAGAAGGGGGCGAGUUGGGAAUGCGGAGAGGAAAUGAGCGGUGAAUUUUGCGGGGGAAUUGAAGGGGAGAUGGUGGAAUUGGAGGGCGUGAGUAGCAUUCUAAGAGGUGAUCGUAGAAGAGUGAAUGUGAGUAAAGAGGAAUGUGGGGAAUGGUGUCUGGAGGACUGCGAGUGCGCGGCGGCGUUGCAUUAUUGGAAGGAGUGUUAUGUGUACAGAGAGGUGAUAGGGGUGAAGCAGAUUGAGAAGGGAAGGGGAUUGAGUUAUAUGGUUAAGGCCCCAAAAGGGAGUUGGUUGGGGCCGCAGGACUCGGAGAGCUUCAACAAAUGGGUGCUUACAGUAGUGUGCGUGGUGGAUGGGUUCCUUAUUAUUGCUGCUUCCGGAGGCAUUGCCUAUCUCUUCCUCAAGAGGAGGAGCAAGAAUUUGAUGGACAGAGAUACCCAUUCUUGACCCUUCACUUUCCUUUUUUUCUUUUUCUUUUUCUUUUUCUUUCUGUUCCUGUGAUGCUAAGAAGUUGGAGAAUAUAACUAACUCCCAUUCUUUCACUUUUUUCUUAUUGCAAACUUUUGUUGAAUCGUU